CUCAAAUUCUUUCCCUUUCCGUUAGGACGAGAAUUUGAUGGCGCCCACCUACUUCUCGCUCUCUCCCUACCAAUUUGCUUUUAGUAAACUCCGCGGGAAAGAAAACGGAGAACCGGGGGGAGAAAUAGAGAGAGAAGAGGGCCCGAGCCAAGGAGAAGCGUCGGCUUUUGGACUUUUUGACACGGAAGCCACAGUGAAGGGCGGUGAUUCGCGGUCGGUGAGGUUAGAUGACCAAAACCCGGCGUCGGUUCCAAGUUGCGUGUGAAUUGAUCGCUCGGGCGUUUUCGGCGUUCGUUUUGGUAGGAAUUUGAUGAAGAACAAGAAAUAAUGGUGUGUGAGAGCGGAAACAUCCCUGUGAGAACGCGAUUUAAGAUUGUUGGCUUUGGAUUAUUCCGCUGGCAGGGAUCGAAGGAAGUUUCUCUUGUCAAAAUUCGAUCUUUUUGAGUGCUUAUGAGGUUUUGCAUUUAAAUUUCCAAUCUGUUCUUUUUUGAUAAUUUUUUUGUUUCUAUUGAGAAGAGAACUGGAAAAGGAAAAAAAAAAAGGCAAAAAAAAAACAAAGAUUUUUCCGGUGAGAAGCAUUUAAAAAAAGGUGGAAAAAGUCCUUUUUCCUGGUAUUGGAUUUGUUUUGAGCGCUCAUUCAUCUUAGAAUUUGUGAAAGUUUGUGGUGUGUCCACUGUUUUGCUUGAAUAGAAAUGGUUGGAAGUGUAGAAGGAACCCACAGGUCUCCUCCUCACUCUAAUGGGCCUGUUCACUAUUCCAAUGGUGUGGAGGAGAAGCUCGAUGAGCUCCGCCGGCUGCUCGGCAAAUCCGAAGGUGAUCUGCUGAAGAUUGUUGGCAUUGGUGCUGGUGCUUGGGGCAGUGCCUUUGCUGCCCUCCUGCAGGAUGCGUAUGGCCACUUCCGUGAUAAGGUCCAGAUAAGAAUAUGGAGAAGGCCUGGGAGAUCUGUUGAUAGGUUUACUGCGGAGCAUCUGUUUGAGGUGAUCAAUUCAAGGGAGGAUGUCUUAAGGCGUUUGAUACAGCGAUGUGCUUACUUGAAAUAUGUUGAGGCGAGGCUUGGGGAUCGCACACUCUUUGCAGAUGAAAUCUUAAGGGAUGGCUUCUGCUUGAACAUGAUUGACACACCACUUUGUCCACUGAAGGUUGUGACUAAUUUGCAGGAGGCAGUCUGGGAUGCAGACAUUGUGGUGAAUGGUUUGCCAUCGACAGAGACACGUGAGGUGUUUGAGGAGAUCAGUAGGUAUUGGAAGGAGAGGAUUAGGGUUCCUAUUAUUAUAUCUUUGGCGAAGGGCAUAGAGGCAGCACUGGAUCCGGUUCCACGUAUAAUAACUCCUACGCAGAUGAUUAGCCAUGCAACCGGGGUUCCAAUCGAGAACAUUCUGUAUCUUGGAGGGCCAAAUAUUGCUUCGGAGAUUUAUAACAAGGAAUAUGCUAACGCUCGAAUUUGUGGACCUGAUAAGUGGAGGAAACCCCUUGCUAAGUUUUUAAGGCAGCCACAUUUCAUUGUGUGGGACAACAGUGAUCUUGUCACACAUGAGGUCAUGGGAGGACUGAAGAAUGUGUACGCUAUUGGUGCUGGGAUGGUAGCAGCUCUAACCAAUGAGAGUGCGACUAGCAAAUCGGUAUAUUUUGCACACUGCACAUCUGAAAUGAUAUUCAUCACACACCUAUUGGCAGAGGAACCGGAGAAACUUGCUGGUCCAUUGCUUGCAGACACUUAUGUAACCUUGUUGAAAGGUCGCAAUGCUUGGUACGGGCAGAUGUUAGCCAAGGGGGAGCUGAGUCUGGACAUGGGUGAUAGCAUCAAAGGAAAAGGGACCAUUCAGGGUGUCUCUGCUGUCGAUGCAUUUUAUGAACUCCUAAGUGAAUCGAGCUUAAGUGUGUUACAUCCUGAGGAAAACAAGCCUGUUGCUCCUGUUGAGCUGUGCCCCAUCCUGAAAACACUUUACAAGAUAUUAAUAAAAAGGGAACUUCCAACAAAGGCAAUUCUUCAGGCAUUAAGAGACGAGACCAUGUAUGAUCCUCGGGAACGGAUUGAGAUGGGACAGAGCCAUGCUUUCUAUAGACCAUCACUUCUUGGCCAACCUUGACUGUGAAUCAUCUCUUAUUCAAGCUUAGAAUUGGCACCAUCAGGAGGAUAUCUGUUAUACAAUUUUAACAUCAUGCAAGAGCUUACAGCAGGAACAAGAUUUGCAAUAGCUUCCAUUCCCCACUUCCAGAAGAAUGGGUUUGUACCAAAUCGAGCACCGAUGGUUGGGACACAAAAUCUUGGGAGCAAUGCUGACUUCAGGAAAGUUCCUGAAAACUUUUCUCAAGUUAAAUUGAGAUGAAAAUAACUAACUCUUCAGUGCCAAGCAUGUGUUAAUAGGGUAGAAAUACUAGCAAAACUGGCAUUCAAUGAGGCCAUCAUCUAAUUAAAAUUUACAGGGAUCCUGAUUCGCAUAGAUUUCUUAAGUUACCUCAAGGUCAGAGAGAGGGAAUGCAUAACUAUGUUGGUACAGUGAAACACAUGAAAAUCAGAGAUAUUGCUUCUUAAUUUGAACUUUAUUUGAACUGCAAUUUCUUAACUAGAUAGCUGUUUUUUCAUUCGACUUACCAGCCUUUUUGUGGUUUGUGUU